AUGAUUUUAAGAAGCUUAACUAAGAGAUUAGGUUUGAUGACUCCACUCUAGUAAAGGGUAUAAUUUUCCACAAAUCAGGACAAUAAAGAUGGAUAGGAACCAAAAAACAUCUUCUUAAACAAGUCUAAAAACCACUAAAAUAACAAGAUCUUUGAAAAGAAGGUACCAAUUCCUUAAUCAAAUCAGGUCUAGGAGCAAUAAAACUAAUAGAGAACAGAGGGUAAUAGUCAAACUCAAGCUUCAGGAGAGCAAAAACCAUAAAACUAAGGACAACAAUAAGUCAAGAAAGAUAAGCCUUGGAUUAAAUAACAACAUGAAAAAAGACCUCAGCCUUAAUAACCAAGAGAAUAGCAUCAAUCUCAACAGAAAGAUCAAUAGCAGCAAUCUAGAAGUGAGGCCACAAACUUAUUCUAAUAAAAAGCAUAAUAGCAUUAGCAAUAGCAAUAAUAAUAAUAAUAAAGAUAGCAUUCUCAAUAAUAGACUUAAUCUACUGGCUAGUAACAAGCAUAUAAGGAAGAUGUAAUUGGCGAAAAUGAAUAUGUUGAAGACUAAGGCAGAGUAUUUAUUCAAACUAAAGUAGCUGAUGUUAGACUUUCAAGGCAAAGAAAAGUGUCAAGCAGAAAAACAGUAGAGGAUAUUCUUGAAGGUGAAAUUAUUCAAGAAAUAUCAGUCGAUACAUAAUCAAGUAUCAAUCAAAACUAUUAGAAUUUUAGUCAGAAAUUUGGCAUCAAUGUCUAACAAGAUCAAAGUCAAUAGUAGAAAUCCUCAACAGCAGCUGAAGGACUUGGAAAAUUGGACUUAUCUGCAUAGAUCUAGAAUAUUUUAGGUGGAGAAGGAUUAUAAUUGUCUGUAAUUGAGAGAAGGCAAGAUCAGAUAAACAACUAAUAAGCGAACUAUGUUAACGAAGUUGAAUAGGCCUUAAAGGAUUAUGAAUUUUUACUUGAAAAAACAGGCUCUGAUCAUGAUAUUUUGAAAUCUAUCAACAAAGAGAAAAUUGAAUCUUCCCCUUAAAUUCGUUCCUUGCUAAAAGAUUAUCAAACUAUGAUUAGACUGAUUUAUAGAGAUCCCAAAACUUUAGAUAAACCUUAGAAGUAUAUUCAUCCUAACUCUCUUUUUGAUACAAAUAAGUCUGACCUGUAAUAACAAUAUGAGAACUCAAUUUAUUCUAAACAGCAUAAAAAAAUUGAAGAGGUUCAAAAGAAAAACAUUACCUUAAUGAGAGAAGUUAAGCAUGGAGAGGAAGGAAUUGACUACAAGUAUGAGCCUGCUGAAAAUGAUCCCACAGUCCCAAAUGAGAAAAUGUUAUUAAGGUAACUUAAGUAAUAAUUAGUUGAGCUAAAGUAAACAAACCCAUUAGAGGCAAGAGAAUUUGAGGAUUUCGUAUUAGCUAAAAAUGAGAUCGAUGACUUAAUGACAAAAGAUUUUGACCUGAGCGAAGUCAAGUUUUACCCUGGAUCUAUCAAAGGACCAAGACCAGAGGAUGACCCAAGAGCCUAUACUAAGUGGUUCGUAGAGAAUUAGCCCAAAAAAGCAUUUGAAGGUGUAGCUUUAGGUCAAAAUUUUUCAGAGUUCGGUGUAUCUUCAAAGAUUGGCUUAACUGGAAAACACAGUAAACUUGAUGAAAAAGCAACUAUCAUUGAAGUACUAAAUCCAGUUAAUGUUAUGAAAGAAGAUAUGGACCUUUAUCCUUCAUUUUCUUUGGCUCCUGAAUUUGCAAUGAACGAAAGAGAAGCGUAUACUAAUGAUUUAGAUGAAGAACUUCCUACAUUGAUGAUCACAUCAAAUUUCUCACCUAGUGAGCUAUCUCCAAUCCCUGCUGAGCAUUCUUUGAGAUAUCAAGAAGUCCAUCAUUAAUAUGAAUAGUGGGGUGUCUUCAGAUCCUUGCCACAUUUGAUGAAAUUCGAUAACUUAUUGGGCAAAACUUUCUAAGGUUUAGCAGAUGGCACAUUAUUUGUACCAAACUAUCAACAGCUCAUCAACCCACCUUCCCUCUGGGCUUACUAUCAAACUCUUCCAAGGUGGGCUAGAGAUCAUCCAGGAGUUAGAAAUGUCAUGAUGGCAUAUGAAUACACUAAGCCAAAUAUGGAUAUUAGAAACAAAGAAAUCGCAAUGAAUUAUGCAGUUUCCUUCAUUAGACCAAUCGACAAGUAACUUGAAGAUGUCAUUAUAGAUAUUGCUCUGUCCAACAAACUAAGAUUGAACGUUCAAAGAGGUAAAGAGGCUAUCAACUCUCUAAGAUUCUAUGAGCUAGAUGAGGAGUUACUGGGAACUACUAGUGAAGAUGAGGAAGGUGAAGAAGAAAUAAUUGGAGAAGAUGGACAAGUAAUUCAGCAACACGAAUAGAGAGGCUUUUCAUCGGGCAUUGAUGAUGAUGAAGAUGCUGAGAAGAAGGUUAAAUCAGCAAUGGAGAGAUUUGCUCUUGGUUAAGAAGAGGAUGAGAGAUCACGUGAACUAACUAAGUUACUUAGUGAAGGUGUAAAUAUUCAACAAGCAACUCAAGAUAGCGAGGCAAACAGUGUAUAAUCAGAUUUCUACAUUAAGCCUUACUAAGAAGACAUCUAUCAUAAAGAAGAGCAAGACGACCCAAUAUUACCUUUGCACUAUUACGAUAAUGAUGAUGGUUUCUGGUCAGGCUAUAUUCAAUACAAGCAAAAGAGAAUGGAGAAAAAUAUCAUGAUUACUAACCGCCCCUUUAUCAAGGUUUGA